AUGACCCAGAAAUCCAGUCAGGUACCCCUCUACCUGUGCACAGGCUCUGCCCUGGAAAUCGCCCUCAUUCGUCUCUUCCUGCUAUCAGCACUCAUCCUUCAGUCUUCUGGCCGGAGGGCCCGCGUGGCGGUCCAGUUCCGCAGCUACGUGUGGGACCCGUUGCUGAUCCUGUCGCAGAUCGUCCUCGUGCAGACUGUCUAUUACAGCUCGCUGGGCCUGUGGCUGGCGCUGGUGGACGCGCUAGUGCGAAGCAGCCUCUCGCUGGACCAGAUGUUCGACGCCGAGAUCCUGGGCUUUUCUACCCCUCCAGGCCAGCUGUCCAUGAUGUCCUUCAUCCUCAAGGCUCUCACCUGUGCCCUGGGCUUGCUGUACUUCAUCCGGCGAGGAAAAGAGUGUCUGGAUUUCACUGUCACUGUCCAUUUCUUUCACCUCCUGGGCUGCUGGUUCUACAGCUCCCGUUUCCCCUCGGCGCUGACCUGGUGGCUGGUCCAAGCCGUGUGCAUUGCACUCAUGGCUGUCAUCAGGGAGUACCUGUGCCUGCGGAUGGAGCUCAAGGAGCUCCCCCUCAACUCAGCCCCUAAAUCCAAUGUCUAGAAUUGGGCCCUUUGGACACUCUACUGGCACUUGGGCUCCCCAACUUGGGCUAAUCAGACCUUCUGGAUGAGGUCCAGCCCAGGUCUGAGAGGAAGCCUGGAAAUGUGAAGUCUCUGUUGGUGGAGAGAUAGUGAGGUCACGUCAAGAAG